AUGAAGGCAGGAGUAGGAUCCAAGGGGAGAUUCCUCAACCUCAAGGCCUUCCUCCAUGCGUGGAAGAAGCUCGCCGCGGCUGAGACGGCGACGGCAGGAGGCGCUGCUGGGUGGGCACAGCUCGACGGCGACGUCGAGGGCGCCAUCCCCAGGGACGUGCCCAAGGGCCACACGGUGGUGUACGUCGGCGAGGAGCUGAGGCGGUACGUGGUGAGGGUGUCCUCCCUCGACCACCCGCUGUUCCGCGAGCUGCUCGACCGGGCGCGGGACGAGUACGGCUUCGCCGCCGCCGACACGAGGCUGUGCCUCCCCUGCGACGAGGACAUGUUCCUCGCCGUCCUCAGGCAUGUCGACGCCGAGCGCGAGUGGAGCCUGGCACUGUGCAGCUGA